AUGACCAAGAUCCUCAUCCAAAACGUCCGCGUCUUCGACAGCGACGCGCUCCGCGACCCGGCCAACGUCGUCAUCACCCGCUCCGCCGGCAACAUCGAGGCCCUUCCUACCGCCGCCGCCGACGACGACGACCCGGAAGAAAAGUCCGACGUCCUCGUCGACGGCCACGGCUGCACCCUCAUCCCGGGCCUCAUCGACGUCUACGCGAACAUCAAAGGCGCCAACGCCGCCCUCGCCACCUUCGCCUCCCACGGCGUCACCACCGUCAUCGACCUCAGCAGCAACACCCAGCAGUGCCAGGCCCUCCGCGUCUACGCCGCCGGCCGCACCAGGCUCCCCACCGUCCUCACCAGCGGCACCGAGGCCACCCCGGCCCGCGACCACCAGCCCCAGGUCUACGACAACCCGGACGGCAUCGUCAUCCGCACCGCGGCCGACGCCGUGGCCUUCGCGGCCGCCAAGGCCAGCGGGCCGGACCGCGCCGACUUCGUUAAAGUCAUCGUCGACCGGGACUCCCCCAACGACGCCCUCCUCAAGACCAUGGUCGACGCCGCGCACGCGCACGGCAAGCUCGUCAUCGCGCGCACGACCGGCAAGGCGUCUUACGUUCGCGGUAUGCGCGCGGGUUUCGACAUCUUCGCCCACGCGCCGCUCGACGAACCCCUGGACGCCGACCUGGCUCGUGAGAUGGCUGCCCAGGGCAAGGUCUUCGUCCCAACGCUGAGCACGAUGAAAAGGCGGACGCCGACGAGCACCCAUAUGUCCUCAUUCUCGGGCGAAAGCGUCCCCCGGGCAAGCUUCCCGACCACGGAGGGCCUACCCGCCUCCUCCUUCGCAACCCGCGGCCGCGACGCGACCACGGACGAGACCGAACCCGACGCCGGCUCGCGGCACCGCAGCAACCCGGGCGCGACCUCGGGCUCCGACUACCGCAACGCGGCGGACAGCGUGCGCACGCUCUACGAGGCCGGCGUGACCGUCUGCGCCGGCACGACCGCGAACCUGGUGCCGGGGACACAGGUGCCCUUCGGCGAGAGCCUGCACGAGGAGCUGCGGCUGCUCGUGGACGCGGGCCUGUCGAGGCUCGACGCGCUGCGGGCCGCGACGUGCGUCGCCGCGAAGGCGUUCCGGCUCGGCGACCGCGGCAUCGUGAGGGGCGGGCUGAGGGCCGAUUUGCUGCUCAUCGAGGGGAACCCGCUGGAGGACAUAUCGGCGACGAGGAAUAUCAGACGGGUCUGGAUUCAGGGGGAGGAUGUUGAGCCGGCGAACUUGGCGGUUUGA